AUGACUUUCAUAUUCCAUGUUGUCCGCGCUGAGGAUAAUACUGAUAAUCUCAAUGAUUAUUGGACCGCUGAUGGUGUCCUUGCGUGUGUAGUUAUAAUUCUUAUGCUACCUUUUCUCGAAAAUUUCGGUCGAAGAAACUUUUUUAUUCAAUGGGUUUUAGAAGGAUCAGCUAUACUUAUUGAUUUUUUCAAAACUGUCUCAAGUUUGGGCUUAUCUGCAGUUUCAAUUUAUAGAGGUGUAAUAUCUAUCAUUUUUUGGAUAAUUUUCUCUAUUUUGGCAAUAAAAGAAUUUGAAUUUGAGAAGGAUACCUUGGAAAAAGCUAUAAAUUCUGCAUCGGUUGUGGUGAAUAUUUUAAAUCUCUCGCAAUUGUAUGUUUCAGGGCUUCAGGACAUCUUUUUCUAUUUACAAAUCAUCAAAAUUGCUGUCACUUUUCUUGGGUUAAUUGGUGCACUUCCAUUUGGAUUUUAUUUUCCAAUUUUGGUUAUUACCAUUGAAGGAUUUCUCCUUUAUCGUGAUUCAAGUUCAAUUGCCUUACUUAAUAAGUAUAACGAUCAUUUCGACUAUUCAGAAGAGCAUAAAGGAUGUGAUGUAGAAGCUGCCAUCUUCUUUUGCACCUCCGUGCUUGCCUUUACAAGUACGCCGCCUCUAUCCGGGAUCAAAGUUUUAGCACCAAAGCCAGGUACUGCUUUUAAGAGAGAUAAACCAAUCACCAUUAAAAUCCAAACCGAAAAACCACGAGGUCCUGUAAUUGAAGAGCUUUAUGGUGAACUUGUCUUAAGCUAUGAUUUAAGUCCUCGCGCUCCUCAAAAACUCGUAGUUGGAGUCUUAAAAAAGCCAAUAUUGAAUAAUGUGAUUGAUUUAAUUGGUUCAAUUCUAGAUUUACCUAGUACCCCAAAAGUAUUUAAGAAAUUGGAAAUGCCAUCUUUAACAAAAUUUAUUAAUGUUCAAAAACGUUUAGAAAAUCUAUCAAUUUGUUCUAGUUAUCUAAAUUGUGAUUCAUUAUCAUGGGCUAUCAUUAGUCAAAAAGAAGCAUUAAAAAGUCUUCGUUUAAUAUCAGCAAAUUUCUAUCAAUUCAAGAGAUUAAAACCGCUUAGACAAUUUGCUUCACUUCAAGAACUUUAUAUUCAUGGUUGUUCUGGAUUUUAUCAAUCAGAUUGGUUAUUCUUGGCUUCAUCAUUUACACAAUUAA